ACGAGCAGCAGCGCUGAAGCUGUUGUGUUUCCGCUUCUGACGCUGUCAUAAGCACGUUUUUCUCGCAUACGUUUAAUUUAUAGUUAUUUAGAUAGAACGUGGUGCUGGUCGGUUCUGUUCACAUUCGAGCUUGGUUGGCGUGUUUUUUUGGAAUACAGUCGGAAUAAAGCAGUUUAUAGCAUCUCUUAGCUGUAGCUAUGUGAGCUAGCGUUUUGGCUAAGUGGAGGAGGAAAGAAAAUCAGACGAGCGACACAAAGAAAGCAGCUUCUAUGACCAAUUUUCCAUAAUAGUCGGAGGAUGUACCCACCAUCCAGAAAGGACUUCAUCUCUCUGACAGUCAGUGACCCUCACGGCCAUAAUUACAAUAAUGGUAAACAUCGGAGACGUUCCUGUUGGAGGAAAUGGAAACAGCUGUCUCGGCUCCAGAGAAGUCUCAUCCUGUUUGUUUUGGCUCUGCUGCUAAUAUCUGGUCUGAUGUCUUAUCCGAGCAUGACGGAGCAGUGGAGAGGUCUGUCUGACAGAGAGGACUGGCUGGACCACAAUGACGGGGACUUGAAGGCUGUACUUCCGGGUGUGAAGCCUGUGUUGGGGCCCCUUCCAGUCAGGGCUGCGGCCCCGGUGGCAGGUUCAGACCUGGUACCAGCUGUGGCUCCAGAUGCUGUGGCAGAUCCCAGAGUACCAAAUGUCCCCAUUUUUCCUAAACCUCCCAUCAAGAAAAGGACUUUCCCAAACAAGAGGGGUCCACCAAACCUACAGAAAGGUGGUAAUGUGUCCAAUUUAGCUGGGGUAGAAAAACAAGACCUACUUCAAGAUGAAGAGGAGGAGAAAGGAAAAAAGAAAAUUGUCAGUUGGCGUGGAGCAAUGAUUGAAGCAGACCAGGCUCCAGAGCCAUCGCCCUCAGCCAAUGAGAAAGAAGCAGCUCCAGCCAGCCCUGGUGAUGCUGUUCCACCUACAGGUUCAGGUGGGCCUGUGGACAGGCUGGAGGCAGUUCGUCAGGUCUUCAGUCAUGCGUGGAAAGGCUAUAAGGACUACGCCUGGGGUCACGAUGAGCUCAAACCUGUUUCCAAGUCCUUUGGCGAGUGGUUUGGACUGGGCUUGACGAUCAUUGAUUCUCUGGACACAAUGUGGAUUAUGGGACUGAAAGAAGAGUUUGAGGAAGCAAAGAUGUGGGUGGAGAAAGAGCUGUCUUUCAACAAGAACGUGGACGUGAACCUCUUUGAGACUACAAUCCGUGUUCUUGGGGGUUUGCUGAGUACCUACCACCUAACAAAAGACAAACUCUUUCUUGAGAAAGCUAAAGACCUUGCAUCCAGGUUGAUGCCUGCUUUCAAAACGCCUUCAAAGAUCCCGUUCUCAGAUGUGAACAUGGGGAAGGGAACUGCCCACCCCCCUCGCUGGACAUCAGACAGCACGCUGGCCGAGGUCACAAGCAUUCAGCUGGAAUUUAGAGAGAUGAGCCGUCUUACCCAGGACCCACAGUAUCAGGAUGCUGUGAAUGAAGUGAUGAAGCUGGUCCAUAAGCUUCCCGGGAAACAUGAUGGCCUGGUGCCCAUGUUCAUCAACACCAACAGUGGCCAGUUUAGUCACAAAGGAGUCUUCACACUGGGGGCGAGAGCCGACAGCUACUACGAAUACCUCCUCAAGCAGUGGAUCCAAGGAGGCAAGACUGAAGACGACUUGUUGUCGGACUACCUUAUGGCUGUGGAGGGAGUGAAAAAACACCUCGUGAGACAGACUGGGCCAAACAGACUGACCUUCAUUGGAGAGCUGUCUCAUAACCGAUUCAACCCUAAGAUGGACCACCUGGUGUGCUUCUUACCUGGAACCUUGGCACUGGGUGUCCAUAACGGUCUCCCAGGGGACCACAUGGAUCUGGCUGUAGAGCUGAUGCAGACCUGUAAUCAGAUGUACAAACAGAUGGAGACUGGCCUGAGCCCCGAGAUUGCACACUUCAGCCUUCAGUCUGGUGACGGCCGCGAUGUCGUGGUCAAGCCUGCAGACAGACACAACCUGCUGAGACCAGAAACUGUGGAGAGUCUGUUCUACAUGUACAGAUUCACUAAGGACACAAAGUACAGAGACUGGGGAUGGGACAUCCUGCAGAACUUCAAUAAGUACACAAAGGUCUCCAGUGGCGGCUACACGUCCAUCAAUAACGUUUGUGACCCUGUUAACCCCGGGACCAGGGACAAGAUGGAGAGUUUCUUGGGCGAGACGCUGAAGUACUUCUAUCUGCUCUUUUCUGAUGACAUGGAGCUGCUCAGUCUGGACAAGUACAUCUUCAACACAGAAGCUCAUCCUCUGCCUAUAUGGCCGUCUGCACCUAAGUGACGUUAGCACACAGGACGUAUUCUGGGCAUGCGGAGCCCGCGCAGUCCUGUUUUCAUAACUGACGCCGAGUGCAGACUAGACUGCUGGGGAGACCAAUUAAUCUGUGCCGUCCACCUAUACUCUCAAAUAAUUACAUUUGGGAGGAUUUUUCUCUCUCUCUGGUAGCAUUUUAAAGGUUUGUGACGGAGCUGGUCUCAGAUGUAAAGACCUUUUUGUAAAACUAACUGCACAGUUGUGACUGGCUCACGUUAAGAAAA